UGUGAAACUCACGAGAAUAUAUACAAUAACAAAGGACUCCAAAAACUCUUUCUCCACUUGUCAUUCCUCAAAGAAAAACGACACCCCCUAUUAACAAAUAAAUAUAGUGAAAAACUUUUACAAGUAAAAAUCAAAUCACUUCAUUGCAACUGGGUUGAGGCAAUUACCAGUAUGAGGGUCUAUCAUAGAGGUGGGACUAUGGCUGGUUGUUUUUUGCUGCUUUUGCCUAUUUUGUUUCCCAGUCUAUUCAGUCCUUUGAGCCAUGCCUCGCCUUCCGUUUUCUCGGAAUGGAAUGCUCCGAAACCCAGGCACUCACUUCUUCUGAAAAGUGCUCUACAACGCCAAACUUUCUCUGAAGAACAAUCUGACCUUUGGAUGCCUUUGACCUUCCAAGGAUGGAAACCCUGUGCUGAAUCUAACAUUGCCUCGACACUACCUGAAAAAUCUGAGGGAUACAUUCAAGUGUUCCUUGAUGGAGGGUUAAAUCAACAAAGGAUGGCGAUCUGUGAUGCAGUUGUUGUUGCCAAGAUUCUGAAUGCUACGCUUGUGAUCCCUUAUUUGGAAGUGAAUCCUGUUUGGCAAGAUUCGAGCACAUUCAUGGAUAUAUUUGAUGUGGAUCAUUUCAUCAAGGCCUUGAAAGACGAUGUAGCAAUAGUUAAAGAGCUACCAGAUGAAUUCUCUUGGAGCACACGAGAGUAUUAUGCAACUGCUAUUCGACCUACCAGAAUCAAGACAGCACCAGUUCAUGCUUCUACAAACUGGUAUUUGGACAAUGUAUUGCCUGUCCUACAAAGUUAUGGGAUUGCUGCCAUAGCACCAUUUUCUCACCGACUGACAUUUGAUAACUUGCCUAAGCGCCUCCAACACCUUCGAUGUAAAGUGAACUUUCAAGCACUAGUCUUUGUUCCUCACAUAAGAAAUCUCGGAGAUGUCCUUGUCAAUCGCCUCAGAGAUCCUUCUGCCAAAAGCAAUAUGGUUGGUAGUAAUAACUACCUUAGACAGGUUAGUGAAAAGUACAAACAAGGAGCAGGGAAGUUUGUUGUUCUUCACCUUCGCUUUGACAAGGAUAUGGCUGCACAUUCAGCCUGUGAUUUUGGUGGUGGAAAGGCUGAAAAACUCGCAUUAGCUAAGUACAGGCAAGUGAUUUGGCAGGGAAGAGUCUUAAACUCUCAAUUUACUGAUGAAGAGUUGAGAAGUCAAGGAAGGUGCCCAUUGACUCCAGAAGAAAUCGGAUUACUGUUGGCAGCUUUGGGAUUUGACAAUAGCACUCGAUUGUAUCUUGCCUCCCAUAAGGUUUAUGGUGGGGAAGCUCGGAUAUCGACCCUUAGAAGUUUGUUUCCCCUGAUGGAAGACAAAAAGAGCCUUGCCUCUUCAGAUGAAAGAGCUCUUAUAAAAGGGAAGGCUUCUUUACUGGCUGCAGUUGAUUAUUACGUCAGCAUGCACAGUGAUAUUUUCGUUUCUGCUUCCCCAGGAAAUAUGCACAAUGCAAUGGUGGGGCAUCGAACGUACUAUAAUCUGAAGACAAUAAGGCCUAACAUGGUCUUAUUAGGCCAGCUUUACCUGAAUAAAACGCUGAGUUGGCCAGAUUUCCGAGAGGCAAUUGUCGAAGGGCACAAGAACCGACAAGGGCAGAUCAGACUUCGCAAACCCAAACAAUCGGAGUAUACGUAUCCUGCUCCCGAUUGCAUGUGCCAGGGUUAAAAUUACCUAAAUUGAUGGCUGUGAGUGCCCUACAGAUCUUUGUUGACGUAAAGCUAUCGCUCGUGCCUCCAGAGUUAAAAUAAAAUGCCAACCCUUAUAUCCUAAUGAUGUAUUUGUGUUGCCACAAGAAAGUUGCUGCUCUUGUGGAAUGUGUUACGAUCUGGUACUAGUCCUGUCAAGACCAUGAUACAUGGAGCAUCUUAGGCCAAAGAUAUGUUACUAUGUUUAGCAGUUUUCUGAACCACUGAAAUGAAUAUUACUGUGAAGAGUGUUUCUUUUGGCUAUGGUAGAAAACUAGAAAUGAUCAACAAAUUACCAAAUGACAGCCAAUGAAUGAUUUUUUUUUCUUGAUUGACCUUUUAGAUCUUUGUAGAGGCAGAUCAAGAGAAAUGCCAUUAUUAUGUAUUAACAAUAUGAUAGAUUUACAAGAGUACAUCAUUAUAAGA